CGGUUUUGACAAAUAAAAGUUACUAAAGAUUAAUUAAAAUAGAAAUUAAUUACAACACAGAGGUCAUUAACCAGUUCAAUUAACAGGUUUAAACAAUCACUCAUCCUCAGAAUUCAUUCUUCAGUUUCCAAAGGCCAAAGUUGAAAGCGAAAUAGACAAGAUUGUUGUUCACUAUUAUUUGUUAGUUUUUGCUUGUCUCACGUUAUCGCGAGGAUGUCCCUUCGAAGCGGAACUGACUGGGCUCUGGCCGCCAUCCGGAACCUCCCUCGUGUCUCCCUCGCCAACUUAAAAGGAGAACUCCAGAAAGCUGACCACUAUGUUCGUGGACGUGGUCAGCACGGUGGGAGAAGACACCGGGGUCCGCACAAAGGUUCAUAUCAAAGAAUGUCAUACCCACGGUUAGGCUGGGAGGGUGGACAAGUCCCAUUUUACCUGAGAACGUCAAGAGAAUUUUACUACGCUGGACACCAUCUCCGUCGCCAGUAUCCUCCAAUCAGCCUGGGUCAACUUCAACUUCUCAUCGAUACGCAACGACUAGAUGGAUCUAAGCCCAUCGACCUCACUGCAAUUUGCGCCACUAGUAUUUUCACGUUCGAUCCACUAGAGAAACAUUGGGGCUUCCAUUUGACGGAUGAGGGAAUGGACAAGUUUGAGGCCAAAGUAAACAUUGAGGUGCAGUGGGUUACAGAGCCAGUGAUAGCUGCUGUGGAGAAAGCAGGAGGGGUCAUAACCACUGCCUACUAUGAUAGAGAAAGUUGUAUUGCAGCCCGAGAUCCCAUUAAAUUCUUCCAACGAGGAUUGCCUAUCCCAAAGAGGUUGUCUCCACCAGAAGAUGCUAUCGCCUUCUACACAAGCCCACAAUUCCGAGGCUACUUGGCUGACCCAGACCGUGUGGCAGAAGAACGACUCGUCCUCGCUCAAAAGUAUGGCUACGACUUGCCCAAUAUAGAGGAGGACCCAGAACGAAAAAUGCUUCUUCUCAGGAAGGACCCCCGCCAAGUGUUCUUUGGCUUAGAACCGGGCUGGGUUGUAAGCUUGAAGGAUCGAUGCAUACUUAAACCAAAGGAUCCAACCCUUCGUCAGUACUACAACUCAUAAUCGUUUAAUCAUUAAGUGUUUAAAGAACCAGAUGAUCUUGUUAGUCAAUUAUACGAAUAAAUAAGUAACUGCAAUAAGCAAUA